AUGAGCAGUCCUGCUAGACUGAGCAGCAAAUCCGCUGCGUCCGCGAGUGGUGGCAGCGCGCGCCCCAUCCAAUUUGCUACCAAGUCUUCUAUUGCGCCUCCAAAGCUUCACAACGAAAUGGAGAUGGGCAGCCUUGCUAGUGACGGUCAGGCCGUCGAUGACGAUGCUGCCGCCGCCAUCAGCCGCGAGAAGGACAUCAUGCAGUUGGCGCGGAUAGGUGAUAUUGUUGCCAUGGAGAAGCUGUUCGCGACGGGCGAGUUCGAUGCCACGUACACUGAUGACGAGGGCAUUACGCCCCUACAUUGGGCUGCCAUAAACAAUCAGUAUGCCAUGUGCAAGUUUCUGAUCGAACACGGAGCCGAAAUCAACCGCAAAGGUGGCGAGUCUGUUGCGACCCCCCUCCAGUGGGCAGCCCAACGAUGCCAUUACUAUACCGUCAAUCUGCUUCUCCAACACGGCGCCGACCCUCUCGUCACCGACGCGCAAGGCUACAACACGCUUCACAUCUCUACCUUUAACGGCAAUACCCUGCUGAUCGUGCUGCUCUUGCACCAAGGCAUUCCCGUCGACGUUCUCGACACCUAUGGACACACUUCGCUCAUGUGGGCAGCAUACAAGGGCUUCCCCUCUUGCGUAGACGUCUUUCUGCGCUGGGGCGCCAGCGUCCAUGCGGCGGACGAGCAGGGAUUCACAGCUCUCCAUUGGGCCUUGGUGAAAGGGAACCCGGGAUGUAUCCAGAAGCUUAUCGAGUACGGCGCCGACCGAUUUGCAAAGACUGACACCGGCAAGACACCUUCGGUGACGGCCACGGAACUGAAUACGCAGCCCGCGUGGUAUCGAGCCUUGAGGGAAUGCGGUUACGACCGCGAUGGUAAUCCUGUGACUCCUCCGUGGCCCGGAGCCAACUACUUCCUGAAAGACAGGAGGGCCUUCACCUGCAAGUUCCUCUUUUUCUGGCCGUGGGUUAUGAUCUGGGGUGUGCUCAUUGUCCUUUCGUAUUCGCCCGUGUUCUUGGGUCUUCCGUUGGCGGCCGGCAUCGUGUAUUGCGCGCAUUGGUGCGCGACGCAGGUGUUGGAGUACGCGCCAUCUGACAUGAGACACUUCCACAAAACCCCCUGGAUGGCUGGCAUUUUUGCCGGCUCCCUGUUCCUCGUGGGGGUGAGCUGGCUCACCACUGUAAUGUGGCGCACAAUUCGAGGCGGGAGCUCACACGUGAUUCUGAAUCUGGCGUUUGGCCUUCUCUUCGGUUUGACCACGUUCUUCUACGCAGCGAGCAUGCGGUAUGAUCCAGGAUUCGUACCGAGGUUGAAUGGCAUCGCAGAACAGAGGGCCGUGAUCGAUGAACUUUUGGCGAGCUGGAAGUUUGACGAGGCCAAUUUCUGUGUUACCUGCAUGAUUCGCACACCGCUCCGGAGCAAACACUGCAGACGCUGCCAGCGUUGUGUAGCAAAGCAUGAUCAUCAUUGUCCCUGGGUCUACAAUUGCGUUGGAAUCAAUAACCAUAGACACUUUUUCUUAUACCUCGUUAAUCUCACGUUUGGCAUUCUCGCCUAUGACUGGCUAGUGUAUUAUUAUUUUGGUGUCGUUUCUGCAGACGCGUCUGGGUCUUGCAACGUCUUUGGUGGCGGCCUCUGCAAGCUCAUCAACUCGGACGCCUACACCCUUCUCCUGUCGGUCUGGGUCAGUAUUCAGCUCAUAUGGGUCACUAUGCUGGUGUUCACCCAGCUCGUUCAAGUGUCGCGCGCCAUGACGACGUUUGAAAACAUGACGGGCAUUCACACUCGCGAGGCAGCCACGGCGCUCACUUCAACAGGCACGCCCCUGGAUCCGGCCCUCGCAGCCGCUGCGGCAUCCACCACCUCGCCCACUGGCCACGCAAGCAGACACAGAGGAGGCAUGCUCAAGCAAUGGAGCCGCAUUCUCGGAGUCGACCCCUUCAUCGAGACAAUCACCGGUCGUGGUGCGGCCACCGGCAGCAACAGACGAAAGAAGAAGAACCCCUACAGCCGCGGAUGUGUCUCCAACUGUAAGGACUUUUGGUGCGAUCCGGCACCAAUCUUUGGCCAACGAGAAAACGGGACGGCUGUCCUGGGAGGGGGCAAAGUGGACUACACGACCAUGUACGAGAGCCCUACACUGAUGAGUCUGACGGGAAUAAGAACGCGCGGCGGCUACGAGGCUGUGGAGACGGAAGAAGUAUAG